AUGCCAGCCCAAUGUCCUUUAACCUCCAGUCUGACCUUCCUGGUACUGCUGGGCACAGCCAGCGCAGGCCCCUUCUCUCCACGGUCGAAUGUCACACUCCCAGCUCCACGGCCCCCUCCCCAACCAGGGGGAGGAAGCCCCUCUUCUCAACUUUACGAGCAUACUGUGGAAGGAGGGGAAAAGCAAGUGGUGUUCACCCAUCGCAUUAAUCUGCCCCCCUCUGCUGGCUGUGGCUGUCCCCCAGGCACUGAGCCCCCUGUCCCUGCCUCAGAGGUGCAGGCCCUGAGAAUCCGGCUAGAGAUCUUGGAGGAGUUGGUGAAGGGGCUCAAGGAACAGUGCACUGGGGGAUGUUGUCCUGCUGCUGCCCAGGCUGGCACAGGCCAGACAGAUGUUCGUAGCCUUUGCAGCCUUCAUGGUGUGUUUGACCUGAGUCGUUGUGCCUGUUCCUGUGAGCCAGGGUGGGGUGGACCCACCUGCUCCGACCCCACAGAGUCUGGGAUGUCCCCCUCCUCCCCUCCUGCAGAAUCCGGGUUUUGUCCCGAUGACUGCAACGAUCAGGGUCGCUGCGUCCGAGGUCGCUGCGUGUGUUUCCCCGGCUACACCGGCCCAAGUUGUGGUUGGCCUUCUUGCCCAGGGGAUUGCCAAGGCCGAGGGCGCUGUGUGCAAGGUGUGUGCGUCUGCAGGGCAGGCUUCUCAGGUCCCGACUGUGGCCAGCGCUCCUGCCCUCGGAGCUGCAGCCAGAGAGGACGCUGCGAGGACGGACGCUGUGUGUGCGACCCAGGUUACACUGGUGAGGACUGUGGUGUGAAAAGUUGCCCUCGCGGUUGCAGCCAGAGAGGACGUUGUGAGAACGGGCGCUGUGUGUGCAAUCCUGGCUACUCUGGUGAGGACUGUGGGGUGAAAAGCUGCCCUCGAGGCUGCAGCCAGAGAGGGCGUUGUGAGGACGGACGCUGCGUCUGUGACCCUGGCUACACUGGAGAAGACUGCGGCGUGCGGAGCUGCCCUUGGGACUGUGGUGAGGGAGGGCGCUGCGUGGACGGCCGCUGUGUGUGCUGGCCCGGGUACGCAGGCGAGGACUGUAGCACCCGAACUUGUCCUCGCAACUGCCGGGGGCGUGGGCGCUGUGAGGAUGGCGAAUGCAUCUGCGACGCAGGCUACAGCGGGGACGAUUGCGGCGUGCGUAGCUGCCCUGGUGACUGCAACCAAAGGGGCCGCUGUGAGGACGGCCGCUGUGUGUGCUGGCCGGGUUAUACCGGGCCUGACUGUAGCGCCCGUGCCUGCCCGCGCGACUGUAGAGGACGUGGGCGCUGUGAGAACGGUGUGUGUGUGUGCAACACGGGUUACAGCGGUGAGGAUUGCGGUGUGCGCAGCUGUCCUGGGGACUGUCGUGGUCGUGGCCGCUGCGAGAGUGGGCGUUGCGUGUGCUGGCCCGGAUACACGGGUCGGGACUGUGGCACGCGUGCCUGUCCUGGAGACUGUCGCGGGAGGGGGCGCUGCGUGGACGGCCGCUGUGUGUGCAACCCAGGCUUUACUGGCGAGGACUGUGGGAGCCGUCGGUGUCCUGGAGACUGCCGCGGACAUGGCCGCUGCGAGGAUGGCGUGUGUGUGUGCGAUGCGGGUUACUCAGGCGAGGACUGCAGUACACGCAGCUGCCCUGGGGGCUGUCGAGGCCGCGGCCAGUGCCUAGAUGGGCGCUGCGUGUGUGACGACGGCUACUCGGGUGAGGACUGCGGUGUAAGGCGGUGCCCACGAGACUGCAGCCAACACGGCGUGUGCCAGGACGGUGUAUGCACCUGCUGGGAGGGUUAUGCAGGCGAGGACUGCAGCAUCCGCACCUGCCCCUCCAAUUGCCACGGACGCGGCCGCUGUGAGGAAGGACGCUGUGUGUGUGACCCAGGCUACACCGGCCCCGUGUGUGCCACCCGCACCUGCCCAGCUGACUGCCGGGGUCGUGGGCGCUGUGUUCAAGGAGUGUGCAUAUGCCACACGGGCUAUGGUGGUGAGGAUUGUGGGCAGGAAGAGCCUCCCGCCAGCGCCUGCCCAGGGGGCUGCGGCCCCAGGGAACUGUGCCUCGCAGGUCAAUGUGUAUGCGUUGAGGGCUUCCGAGGCCCUGACUGUGCUAUCCAGAUAUGCCCUGGGGACUGUCGUGGCCGUGGAGAGUGUCGCGAGGGUAGCUGCUUCUGCCAAGAUGGCUAUGCCGGGGAGGACUGUGGGGAAGAGGUGCCAGCCAUUGAAAACAUGAGGAUGCACCUCCUGGAGGAGACAACAGUUCGGACAGAAUGGACCCGGGCUCCUGGCUCUGUGGAUGCCUAUGAAAUUCAGUUCAUCCCCACGACAGAGGGGGCGAGCCCCCCAUUCACGGCGCGGGUGCCCAGUUCUGCCUCAGCCUAUGACCAGAGAGGACUGGCCCCUGGUCAGGAGUACCAGGUCACUGUCCGUGCCCUUCGAGGGACCAGCUGGGGUCCUCCUGCUUCUAAGACCAUCACCACCAUGAUCGAUGGUCCCCAGGACCUCCGCGUAGUGGCUGUGACACCGACCACCCUGGAGCUCAGCUGGCUACGACCCCAGGCUGAGGUGGACCGAUUUGUGGUCUCCUAUGUCAGUGCCGGAAACCAGAGGGUACGGCUGGAAGUUCCACCCGAAGCGGAUGGGACACUGCUUACCGACCUGAUGCCAGGCGUGGAAUAUGUGGUGACUGUCACUGCAGAACGGGGUCGGGCAGUCAGCUACCCAGCUUCUGUCAGGGCCAACACAGGGUCCUCACCCUCGGGCCUCUUGGGGGCUACUGAUGAGCCUCCUCCCUCAGGCCCCUCGACGACCCAAGGGGCUGAGGCCCCUCUCCUGCAGCAGCGCCCCCAGGAGCUGGGAGAGUUGAGGGUGCUGGGCAGAGACAAGACAGGGCGCCUCCGUGUGACCUGGACUGCCCAGCCCGACACCUUUGCCCACUUCCAGCUGCGCCUGCAGGUGCCCGAGGGCCCGGGGGCACAUGAAGAACUGCUGCCAGGGGACGUCCGCCAGGCUCUGAUGCCCCCGCCCCCUCCUGGAGCCCCCUACAAGCUGUUACUUCAUGGGAUCCCCCCUGGGGGCAAGCCCUCUGUUCCCAUCACCUACCAAGGCGUUAUGGACAGGGAUGGAGAGAAGCCUAGGAAGUCCUUAGGUCUACCACGCCUGGGUGAGCUGACAGUGACCGACGUGACCUCUGACUCCCUGCUCCUGCGUUGGACAGUCCCUGAGGGGGAAUUUGACUCCUUUGUGAUCCAGUACAAAGACAGAGAUGGGCCCCAGGUGAUGCCAGUGGAGGGGCCUCAGCGCUCAGCCCCCAUCACAUCCCUGGAACCUGGCCGAAAGUACAAAUUUGUCCUGUAUGGGCUCGUCAACAAGAAGAGGCAUGGUCCCUUAGUGGCCGAAGCCAAGAUCUUGCCUCAGAGUGAUCCCAGUCCAGAAACCCUACCCCGUCUGGGAAAGCUAUGGGUAACAGACCCUACUCCAGACUCACUGCACCUCUCCUGGACUGUCCCUGAGGGUCAGUUUGACUCCUUCAUAGUCCACUAUAAGGACAAGGAUGGACGGCCCCAGGUGGUACCUGUGGAAGGACCUGAGCGAUCAGUCAUCAUCUCCCCCUUGGACUCUGAUCACAAGUACAGAUUCACUCUCUUUGGGAUUGCCGAUAAGAAGCGGUAUGGCCCCCUUAUGGCUGAUGGCACUACUGCCCCAAAGAGGCAAGAAGAGCCCCCUCACCCUGAGUCCCUUGAGCAGCCCCUUCUGGGGGAAUUAAUGGUGACUGGCGUGACCCCAGACUCCCUGCGCCUGUCUUGGACUGUGGCCCAGGGCCCCUUUGACUCCUUCGUGGUCCAGUACAAGGAUGUGCAGGGGCAGCCUCAGGCAGUACCUGUCAGGGGAGAUGAAAAUGAAGUCACAGUCCCUGGCCUGGAGUCCAACCGGAAGUAUAAGAUGAACCUCUACGGGCUUCAUGGCAGGCAUCGUGUGGGGCCCGUGUCUAUAGUAGCCAAGACGGCCCCACGGGAGGUUGUAGAUGAGAUCCCCAGCCCUACAAAACCCAGCAUGGAAGUCCUGGAAACACCUGAGCAGCCACGCCUUGGGGAGCUGACUGUGACAGACUCCACCCCUGACUCCCUGAGCCUCUCCUGGACAGUGCCCGAAGGACAGUUUGACCACUUUCUGGUCCAGUACAAGAAUGGGGAUGGACAGUCCAAGGUAGUGCGGGUGCCAGGGUAUGAAGACGAGGUCACCAUCUCAGGGCUGGAGCCAGAUCACAAGUACAAGAUGCACCUGUAUGGCUUCCACAGUGGCCAACGUGUGGGCCCCAUGUCUGCCACUGGGGUGACAAGUGACCCCACAGAACCCAGCACGGAGGCCCCAGAGCCCACCGAGGAGCCACUGCUGGGGGAGCUGAUGGUGACAGGAACCUCCCCUGACUCCCUGAGCUUCUCCUGGACUGUGCCCCAAGGCCAGUUUGACUCCUUCACCAUCCAGUAUAAAGACAGGGAUGGGCAGCCCCAGGUGGUGCGUGUUGGAGGAGAGGAGAGAGAGGCCACUGUGGGGGACCUGGAGCCUGGACGCAAGUACAAGAUGCACCUAUAUGGGCUCCACCAGGGCCACCGUGUGGGCCCCGUGUCUACUCUGGGCGUGACUGAUCCCUUCCCACCCACCCAGGCCACUGAAACCCCUGACCGCCCCCUGGAGCCACGCCUGGGAGAGCUGACAGUGACAGAUGUGACCCCUGACUCCGUGGGCCUCUUGUGGACAGUUCCUGAAGGCAAAUUUGACGCCUUCAUGGUCCAGUAUAAGGACAGGCAUGGGCAACCCCAGGUGGUGCCAGUGACUGCAGACCAACGGGAGGUUACCAUCCCUGGCCUGGAGCCCUCCCGCAAGUAUAAGUUCCUGCUUUUUGGGAUCCAGGAUGGGAAACGACGCAGCCCAGUCUCUGUUGAGGCAAAAACAGCUGCCCGAAGUGAUGCCAGCCCAGGGGCUCUACCUCGCCUUGGGGAGCUAUGGGUGACGGAUACCACCCCAGAGUCACUGCGCCUCUCCUGGACAGUCCCCGAGGGCCACUUUGACUCUUUUGUGGUCCAGUACAAGAACAAGGAUGGGCCCCAGGUGGUGCCUGUGGAGGGCCAUGAGCGCUCAGCCACCAUCACCUCUCUGGACGCUGGCCGCAAGUACAGAUUCCUUCUCUAUGGCCUCCUAGGCAAGAAGCGCCUUGGCCCCCUCACUGCUGAUGCCACCACAGUGAGCCCGAGUUCUGUGGACCAUACUGGAAUAAAACCCCAACUAGGGGAGGAACUGCAAGUGACUGGCGUGACCUCUGACUCUGUGGGCCUCUCAUGGACAGUCCCUGAGGGGCAAUUUGACUCCUUUGUGGUCCAGUACAAAGACAGGGAUGGGCAGCCCCAGGUGGUGCCUGUGGACGGCAGCCUCAGGGAGGUCAAUGUCUCAGGCCUGGACCCUGACCGCAGGUACAAGCUGCUGCUCUAUGGGCUGCACAACAGCAAGCGUGUGGGUCCCCUUUCUGCCAUUGCCAUGACUGCCCCUAGGGAAAAAAUUGAAGGUGAUAUCCCCACCCCAAGCCCUCCGACAGUUGAGCCCCACCUGGGGGAACUAAUGGUGGAGGAGGCCACUCCUCACAGCCUGCAUCUCUCCUGGAUGGUGACCAAUGGAGAAUUCGACUCCUUUGAGGUCCAGUAUGAAGAUAGAGAUGGUCAACUCCAAGUGGUCAGUACUGGGGGAGACCAGAGUGAUGUUACCCUCACUGGUCUGGAAUCAAAUCACAGAUAUCUGGUGACCCUAUAUGGCUUCCAUGAUGGUCAGCGUGUGGAUUCUGCCCACAUAGAAGCCCUGACAGUGCCUCAGGAGGAAGAGAAUGAGCCAUCAGAAGUACCCACCAUGACCCCUGAGCCUCCACUCAGGCCACGCCUAGGGGAGCUGACUGUGACAGAUGCCACCCCUGACUCCCUGAGCCUCUCCUGGACAGUCCCUGAAGGACAGUUUGACCACUUCCUGGUCCAGUACAAGAAUGGGGAUGGGCAGCCCAAGGUGGUGCGGGUGCCAGGGCGUGAGGACGAGGUCACCAUCUCAGGGCUGGAGCCAGACCACAAGUACAAGAUGCACCUGUAUGGCUUCCAUAGUGGCCAGCGCACAGGCCCCGUCUCUGUCAUUGGGGUGACAACUGCAGUGGAGGAGUCCCCCAGCCCCACAGAACCCAGCACAGAGGCCCCAGAGCCCACUGAAGAGCCACUCCUUGGGGAGCUGACAGUGACAGGCUCCUCCCCUGACUCCCUGAGCCUCUCCUGGACUGUGCCCCAGGGCCACUUUGACUCCUUCACCAUCCAAUACAAGGACAGGGAUGGGCGGCCCCAGGUGGUAAGAGUUGGAGGAGAGGAGAGAGAGGCCACUGUGGGGGACCUGGAGCCUGGACGCAAGUACAAGAUGCACCUGUAUGGACUCCAGCAGGGCCGCCGUGUGGGCCCCGUGUCUACUCUGGGAGUGACUGCCCCUGAAGAGGAGCCUUCUGAUGCCCCUCCUCUGAAGCCACGCUUGGAGGAGCUGACCGUGACAGAUGCCACUUCCGACACCCUGAGCCUCUCCUGGACAGUCCCUGAGGGACAAUUUGACCACUUCCUGCUCCAGUAUAAGAAUGGGGAUGGGCAGCCCAAGGCUGUGCGGGUGCCAGGGCACAAAGAUAGUGUAACCAUUUCAGGCCUAGAGCCAGACCAUAAAUACAAGAUGCACCUGUAUGGCUUCCACGGUAACCAGCGCAUGGGCCCUGUCUCUGCUGUCGGUUCAACUGACCCAGAAAAGGAUGAAAUACUUAGCGCAACUCUGACAGAACCACCAACCACAACCCCUGAGCCUUCUAUCAAGCCACGCCUGGGGGAGCUGACCGUGACAGAGGCCACCCCUGACUCCCUGAGCCUCUCCUGGACAAUCCCUGAAGGACAGUUUGACCACUUCCUGGUCCAGUACAAAAAUGGGGACGGGCAGCCCAAGGUAGUGCGAGUGCCAGGGCAUGAGGAUGAGGUCACCAUCUCAGGGCUGGAAGGGCAGAAGAGAUCUCACUGUCCCUGUAUGUGUGUGUGUCCCUCUGCAGAGGAUGAAGCAAUGACCACGCAAGUAACACCCACCACAACCCCCGAGCCUCCUCUCAGGCCACGCCUAGGGGAGCUGACUGUGACAGAUGCUACCCCUGACUCCCUGAGCCUCUCCUGGACAAUCCCUGAAGGACAGUUUGACCACUUCCUAGUCCAGUACAAGAAUGGGGACGGGCAGCCCAAGGUGGUGCGGGUACCAGGGCAUGAGGACGAGGUCACCAUCUCAAGGCUGGAGCCAGACCACAAGUACAAGAUGCACCUGUAUGGCUUCCACAGUGGCCAGCGCAUAGGCCCCGUCUCUGUCAUUGGGGUAACAAAGGUGGAGGAGACCCCCAGGCCCACAGAACCCAGCACAGAGGCCCCAGAGUCCACUGAGGAGCCACUCCUGGGGGAGCUGACAGUGACAGGCUCCUCCCCUGACUCCCUGAGCCUCUCCUGGACUGUGCCCCAGGGCCACUUUGACUCCUUCACCAUCCAGUACAAGGACAGGGAUGGGCAGCCCCAGGUGGUACGUAUUGGAGGAGAGGACAGAGAGGCCACUGUGGGGGACCUGGAGCCUGGACGCAAGUACAAGAUGCACCUGUAUGGACUCCACCAGGGCCACCGUGUGGGUCCUGCAUCUGCUGUCGGGGUGACCUCCUCCCUCCCUACCCAGACUCCCGUGGAGCCCCACCUUGGGGACCUGGCUGUGGCAGCUGUGACCUUGGACACUGUGCACCUCUCAUGGACCGUGGCCCAGGGCCCCUUUGACUCCUUCCUGGUCCAGUACAAGGAUGCACAGGGGCAGCUCCAGGCAGUUCCCGUGAAUAGAGACCUCCGUGAGGUUACUGUCUCGGGUCUGGACCCCGCCCGCAAGUACAGGUUCUUGCUCUUUGGACUCCUGGAUGGGAAGCGCCAUGGCCCAGUCUCUGUGGAUGUCAAGACCCUCCCAGACAAGAAACCCUCUCCCCGCCUGGGAGAGCUGACAGUGACAGAUGUGACCCCUGACUCCAUGGGCCUCUCAUGGACGGUCCCUGAAGGCGAAUUUGACUCCUUUGUGAUCCAGUACAAGGACAGGGAUGGGCAGCCCCAGGUGGUUCCUGUGGCUGCGGACCAGCAUAAGGUUACCAUCCCCAGCCUGGAGCCAAAUAGGAAAUACAAGUUCCUGCUGUAUGGCCUGGCAGGCAGGAAGCGGCUGGGCCCCCUUUCUGCUGAUGGCACCACAGCUCCCCUGGAGAAAACCCGGCAGCCCCCACCGCGCCUAGGGGAACUAGCAGUGACUGAGGAGACCUCAGACUCCCUGCGCCUGUCCUGGACUGUGGCCAAGGGCCCCUUUGACUCCUUCCUAGUCCAGUAUAAGGACACCAACGGGCAGUCCCAGGCAGUGCCUGUGGCUGCAGACCAGCUUGAAGUCACCAUAGAGGGCCUGAAACCUGGCAGGAAAUACAAGUUUCUGCUCUAUGGACUAGUUGGAGGAAAGCGCCUGGGCCCAGUCUCCGUCCUGGGAAUGACAGCCCCAGAAGAGGACACACCAGCCCCAGAAGCCCCUGAGCCCUCUGAAGCACCGAAGCUGGGGGUGAUGGCUGUGACCGAGGCAACCCCAGACUCACUGCGCCUGUCGUGGAGUGUGGUCCAGGGCCCCUUUGACUCCUUUGUGGUCCAGUAUCUGGACACAGAUGGGCAGCCCCAGGCCCUGCUUGUGGAUGGUGAUCAGAACAAGGUCCUCAUCUCAGGCCUGGAGCCCAACACCUCUUACCAGUUCUCCCUCUAUGGUCUCCAUGAAGGGAUGCGUCGAGGGCCCAUCUCCACAGAGGGCACCACAGGGCCUCCUCCUGCUGGUCUGACCCCAGGAGACCCAGGGCCCCGCCUGUCUCAUCUGUCAGUGACUGAUGUGACCACCAGUUCGCUACGGCUCAACUGGGAGGCCCCACUUGGAGCCUUUGAUUCCUUCCUACUCCGCUUUGGGGUUCCAUCACCAAGCACCCUGGAGCCACAUCCACGUCCUCUGCUGCAACGGGAGCUGAUGGUGCCUGGGACGAGGCGCUCAGCGGUGCUCCGAGACCUGCGCCCUGGGACCCUGUACAGCCUUACUCUCUAUGGGCUACGAGGGCCUCACAAGGCUGACAGCAUCCAAGGCACUGCCCGGACCCUCAGCCCAAUUCUGGAGAGUCCACGUGACCUCCAAUUCAGCGAAAUUGGGGAGACCUCAGCCAUGGUCAGCUGGGUGCCACCAACAUCCAGGGUGGACAGCUUCAAAGUUUCCUACCAGCUGGCAGAUGGAGGGGAGCCGCAGAGUGUGCAGGUGGAUGGCCGGGCCCAGACCCAGAAAAUUCAGGGGCUGAUCCCAGGUGCUCGCUACGAGGUGACAGUGGUCUCUGUCCGCGGCUUUGAGGAGAGUGAGCCUCUCACAGGCUUCCUCACCACUGUUCCUGAUGGCCCCACUGAGCUGCAAGCACUGAACUUGACUGAGGGAUCCACUCUGCUGCACUGGAAGCCCCCCCAGAACCCCGUGGACAAAUACAACGUCCAGGUCACAGCCCCAGGGGCCCCAUCUCUGCAGGACUCCGCCCCGGGCAGUGCUGUGGACUACCCCCUGCGCGACCUGGUACUCCACACCAACUACACUGCCACUGUGCGUGGCCUCCGGGGACCUAAUUUCACCUCCCCAGCCAGCAUCACCUUCACCACAGGGUUGAAGGCUCCCCUGGACUUGGAAACCAAGGAAGUGACUCCCAGAACAGCGCUGCUCACUUGGACUGAGCCCCAAGUCCUACCCACAGGCUACCUGCUCAGCUUUGACACCCCUGGUGGACAGACUCAGGAGAUCCUGCUCCCCUCGGGAAUCACCUCACACCGGCUCCUUGGCCUCUUCCCUUCUACCUACUAUAAUGCACGGCUCCAGGCUGUGUGGGGCCAAAGCCUCACACCACCAGUAUCCACCUCCUUCACCACUGGUGGACUGCGGAUCCCCUUCCCCAGGGACUGUGGGGAGGAGAUGCAGAAUGGGCCCAGCACCUCGAGAACCACCACCAUCUUCCUCAAUGGCAAUCGCGAGCGGCCCCUGAAUGUGUUUUGUGACAUGGAGACCGAUGGGGGCGGCUGGCUGGUGUUCCAGCGCCGCAUGGACGGACAAACAGACUUCUGGAGGGAUUGGGAGGAUUAUGCCCAUGGCUUUGGGAACAUCUCCAGGGAGUUCUGGCUGGGCAAUGAAGCCCUACACAGCCUGACACAGGCUGGUGAUUACUCCAUGCGUGUGGACCUGCGGGCUGGGGAUGAGGCUGUGUUCGCCCAGUAUGACUCCUUCCGAGUAGGAUCAGCUGCUGAGAACUACCGCCUCCACCUGGAGGGCUACCAUGGCACCGCAGGGGACUCCAUGAGCUACCACAGUGGCAGUGUCUUUUCGGCCCGUGAUCGAGACCCCAACAACUUGCUCAUUUCCUGCGCUGUCUCCUACCGUGGGGCAUGGUGGUACAGGAACUGCCACUAUGCCAACCUCAAUGGGCUCUAUGGGAGCACAGUGGACCACCAGGGAGUGAGCUGGUACCACUGGAAGGGCUUUGAGUUCUCUGUACCCUUUACGGAAAUGAAGCUAAGACCAAGAAGCUAUCGGUCCCCUGUAGGGGGAGGCUGAGCUGCUGCCCACCUCUCUCACACCCCAGUAUGACUGCCGAGCACUGAGGGGUCACACCCAGAGAAGAGCCAGGGAUGCCUCCACCUCCCAGCCACCAGAGGAAGCCUUCUCUGCCUGUGACCUCACAGCAUCAUGUUUACAGGGGGGAGGGGGAGGGGUUUCUAUGGGAGCAA